ACACACCCUGUUUGUGAUCUGCUUCUGGCUGAACAUUCAGCCUCGCCGCUUUAUCCAGUCUGACGGCCCCAGGAGGCUCAGCCCGAACUCUGGCGGUACUGCGGGAAGGUCGAAAUCAGAUUACAUCGACGUUCAUCAACUUCAGUUCUCCAACAAUGACUACAGCCAUUCUGGAAUGUAUAAGCACAUUGUCUAUCAGUGGUCAACAGCUACGCCGCUUCCCCAAGCUCCUAGAGAGUGGCCUUCUCAAGAAGAUGCCUUCUACAGUCAAGGAUUCGGAUGUUCCCAAGCUCUUCAGAGAACCCUACAUUCAAUCUGGAUACCGACCGACAGACCAAGACUGGAAGUAUUACUUUCUUAGCCUUUUCCAAAAGCACAAUGAAUCGGUGAAUGUCUGGACUCACCUUCUGGUGGCCUUGGCUGUCCUCUUGAGAUUUCGAGCCUUUGUGGACAAUGAAGACUUCUCCUGGAAUACAUUAUCCAUCCCUCUAGUCUUAUAUGUGUUGGCCUCGUUGACCUAUCUCACAUGCAGUAUGCUUGCACACUUGCUCCAGUCCAAAUCCGAGCUGGCACAUUACACUUUCUACUUCAUGGACUACGUUGGGGUUAGCACUUACCAGUACGGAAGUGCUUUGGCCCAUUACUACUAUAGUUCCCACCAAGCUUGGUAUGACAUACUCUGGCCUUACUUCUUGCCGGGGGCUGCUAUACUGGGAUGGUUGUCCUGUGUGGGAUGCUGCUAUGCCAAAUAUCGCUACAGGAGGCCGUAUCCAGUUGAGAGAAAAGUCUGCCAGGUUGUCCCUUCUGGGUUGGCCUAUAUCUUAGAUAUUAGCCCGGUGGUCCAUCGAAUUAUAGUUUGUUCUAUGGAGGACUGCUCAGACAGGGCGAUUUGGUUUCAUUCUCUACAGAUCAUCUUCUUUGUUAUUAGCUCCUACUUUUUCUCUUGUCCUGUCCCGGAAAAAUUCUUCCCUGGUGGAUGUGAUAUCAUCGGCCAUGGCCACCAAAUUUUUCACUUACUUUUAGGAUUAUGCACUCUGUGCCAACUGGAAGCCGUGCUACUAGACUACCAGGCCAGACAUGAACAUUUCACCACACGGUACAGUCCAACCUUAACCCUAUACUCUUGCCUUUCGUUCUUCUUGCACAUUAUCUGCACAGCCCUUACGGCCUUCUACCUACGGCAGAAAAUUAAGGAAAAACUAACCAAGAAAGACUUUUAAGGAACACAAGGAACGUCUCAGACUUCACAUCUCAUCCAGAUCAUGUUAUUUAAUAACAUAGGACCUACUCAUUUAUUUACCACUAAAACAGAGGUUUGGAUGUAAAACUGAAUGUUGGUCAUUUUUUUUUUGCCUUUUACAAUUUUCUUUCCAACAUGGUCUCUGUCCAAGGCAGCCAUUAGCACUUGUUGUGCGAAAGGAAAACUUCUGAAUAUUGCACUAAUUUUUCUUCCUUUGGUGAAAAGUCCCAUUUAAAAUUGUCUUAGAAAAUUAAUCCAAUUUUUUAGUCCAAUAGAGAAGGUAAUCAUCAGUAGAACUUUCCCUUUAAUUAGAUGUUUCAGUUUUUUUUUUUUAACUUGAAACAUUUCUGAACCCUUUAAUAGGAAAUCCAGUUAAGAGUUUGAUGCUUCUGUUAAGCAGUUCUCAGGCGUGGAAAAUUCACGUUGAAGGGCUUCUCUUGAUGGUUAAAUGCCGGUGGGGACAAACAUAGAAGAUGUAGGACCCCACAAGAAGGACCAAACUUGAUGGUGCCAGUUUUUGUAGGACAGAAGGACCUGAUUUCUCCCCCUUUCUAUGACCCUUGGACCAAAUCCCAAAUAUUGUUGCUAACAAAGAAGAAGCACUCUGGUUUUUUAUUUUAUUUGCCUAUAUAGUGCAGGUUAGGCCAUUAUUAAAAAAUAAGAUAGAGGAUCUUUUGUAUGCCUUGUAUAAUCUUGCUUUAUUCUAACCCUAACCCAUCAUGCAUGACUUUGCAGAGACAGAGGGGUUGGAGUCUCAUCACACUGCACUGCUCUAUGUAAGGGCAGCCAUGACAGAUCAGUGACAUAGAAAGGUUGUCCCCUCACACUGCAGGGUCAUGUUCUCCUAUGGGCCUGUCUGUCCUGUCUGCCCUGUCAUGUCUCUCUCUCCUUUGUCAGCUCUUACAUGCAGGAGACAUUAAGACCAGUGUGAAGCUACAUCCCAUAGAACUACACUGGAGAGUCAGCACACACAGAUAGUACAGGCAGGUACUGCAAGUCAGUAUACAUUCACCUACUAUAUAUCUGCACUUCUGGACCUUUAGAUAGUGUAGACAUUACAUCUUCAAUAGAAUACAAGGAUAUACAGAGGAACACGGAGGUAGGGGAGGGGCCUGAGUGCUGCCAGGAGGGAUUUGAUAGGUGAUGAUGUCAUUCUGUAGUUCACAGGAAGUCAGCCACAGGGAGAGACCAAGUUCCUGUUUACACAUUUAAGCAAGCAGUCAGACUUGAUAUUACAUGACCAGGUUCCCAUAAUGAAAGAGUCCAAGUAUAUGAAUGCCACUGAGGGUGUAAUAAACUACACAGCUAAAAAAAACUGGUGGCAAGUUAGUAAUAUAUGUAAAAUAGAAAAAAGACCCAGAGUGCUUCUUUAAGUUCUUCAGUAGAGGUAGAGAGGGAAGGGGUUGGGCAAACCAAGACUAGGCCCUUUCUUUCCGAGGGCUCCAUAGCAGCAACAUGGAAUGUAUGACCUUGACUGUGGGCAAUUAUUUGCAAUGGUUUCUAAGCUUCAAGCAACACUUGAUCUCCUACCCAGUCCUCAGUAGGUCUUGGCCAAUAGAUGACAAAUUAGGUAUGACAAGGGGACUAGAUAUGGCAUGGGACAUUACCUAAACUAUUGUAACUGAGAGACUUGUUACAAUAGUUUAGGUAAUGUUUCACAAUGGCACUUCAUACAUGAUCGAAACUUGAACUUAUCUUGUGUUGAACUGAAGGACUUUGGGCUCCUCAUUCUACUAUCAGCUUUAUAUAGCGUUGACUUUUCCUGCAUCACCUGGGUCUUUGGUGGGCCAUUCCAACCCUGGACCUAUCCUUUCGUAGUAUUGAUAGCUUCCAUGUGUUGACCUUUUUCUGCAUAGCUGGGUCUUGGGUGGGCCAGUCCAACCCUGGACCUAUCCUUUUGUAGUGUUGAUAGCUUCCAUGUGUUGUUCUAACACUGUCCGUCAACAUCAUGGAGAAGACCUUGUUCAGAUUUCUCUUGGCCUUAGUUCACUCUAUUUGGUCAGUUAUUUCCAUCUGUUAUUGUAAGCCAAAACUAAAGCGUGAACAUGGCCUUAAGCUGGUCAUGUGUCUUAACAUGGAAUGUUCCUUGACCUCAGCCUUCACCUUCCAAGGUGAAAAAUCAUAGAGUUCAGUUAUUGUCUCCAAGACCAAACAGUUCUCACCCAUCGGAGGAAUCGGUUGAGGAGGAAGGAAAGAAUCUUUACAAUUUUGGUAAUUAGGGUCUUCUAAAUCUCCUUCAUUUAAUUUUGAGUCCAAGACUUACGUUAUUAUAACUUAUUAUACUCACGGACAGUCUUAACAUUUAAUGAGCAGGUGCUGGCGAUUGUAGCCUUUUAUAUACUGUAUAAGUUUAUGUCUAAUCUUUAAUAAUGCGAUAUGUAAAAUAAUAUAAAAACGGUAUAAAAGAUUGCGCUGAAGGCUGGCCGAGGUGUUUAGUUUGCACUGGAAAAUAAUCACUAGAUGCAAUGAAGCAGGCCUUUGCAUGAUGUCCACGUGUUCUCCGAGUGGACGUAUAAUGCACAUGAGACUCUUGGACCACUGGCAUCCUCACGUAAUGCCAGCGGCCACUUAUGCCAUAUUAGCCUAUAUAGAAUAAGCAACAAUAGAUAUGCAACUGACCACUGUGACUAAGUAAUUAAAGGAACUGUCCACAGCUUGAGGAACCCACUUAAAAUUUUGAGAGUAAGUACUACCAGUCUUAUUCCUUUCUAGUAAUACGUAUCAUAUUGACCAAGAGGUUGGCCAUGUUGAUUUAUGGUGCUGUUGUUCUGGGUUCAAAUCCAACCAGGGCAGCAUAUGUACAUUCAAAAGAAGAAUUCCUGCGCUUACUCUCUGACUGCACCUAAGUACCAAUGACUAGAAGCAGGGUUCUACCAAGUCUGCUGUCCUCUAAGUUAUAAGUAGUAUCUCUAUGCGACACCUUCUCGCCUACCUGUACUUCUAGAGGAGAGUCCGCGAUGUUGAUGUGCAGUGGUGAAUACUUGAUAGUUGUCUCUAUCCUUCAGUCCGGUGGAAACAGUCAGACUGUGUAGUUGGAAAACGUUCCCCGGCCGGCAGCAUGUUUCCUAUCCAAAAAAGCUUGCUCUCCAAAUCGGAGCGCCUGUGACGUCACGGUAGCAGGAGCUGUUGUGCACCAAAAAUCUGGCGCCUUUCGAAAGGAUCGCCUUUCUUCCUCGGGGAGCAUCCAGGGCCCUAGAUCAGCAACAUGUGCAGGCUUCUUGGUACCCAUAGUCUUUCGGGCUCCAUAGUGGGGAAAUUACAUUGUUAGCUCCUCGGGGGUGGAGCCUAAUCUGAAUAAAUAUAUAAGCUCUGAUUUAUCAUACCUUCACUCCUGGCAUUAAAAAGUAGCAAUAAUAGGGAUUUUGCGACUUGCGCAAAAUUUAAGCGUUUGCACUAAAUUUUGUGAUUUUUCUUUGCACUCUCUUGCACAAAAAGUUGUGACUUUUUGCAUUUUUACACCACUCACUCCAGUUUUGUGAUGUGGGUGUGGUUAGCUAUGUUAAUGAGUUUUACUCCAGAUUUAUCAUCAAGACUUUUUUUUAAAGUUACAAUCUCACUCCAGGAGGAAGGUGGAAUCGGAGAACUGAAGGAGCUUCUCUAGACAAAAGUGUAAGGGCUAAGGAGAAGAAAAAUGUAUCAAGUAACCUGAGACAUUUGAUAAAUGUGGCAACGCAGACUCAAGCAAAACGGACUUGAUAAAUUCCCCCCAUUGUCUUUACAAUAUAUAUCAGUGUUAUAUACCGUAAAUACACUUGUACCCAUAAUGAAGGAAUAAAGCUACUCGUUAAUCUAAUAUUCAGGGUCACUGACGGCCCUACAAGAACGUGGCAGAACGGUCCCAGUACAAUUAUAAAUUGUUUGCUAUUUUAUUUUAUUUUUAUUUUUUAUAUAUACAUAGAUUUUUCAAUGGUCAAGCUGCUGACAUGGUGGAGUUCCUUACAUCCACCGUGUGUAGGUUUUUACUAUGUAUGAUGAAAAUACGUUUUAAUACCUGGUACUGUACUAGAGUGUAAAUACCUAGGGCCUCAUUUAUUGAAAGGAUCUGAAAUUAAAGGGGUAUUCUAAUUGUAGGAUAUGGAUGACCCAUCGUCAGGAUAGGCCAUCGAUAUCUGAUCAGUGAGUGCUGUGGCCUCCUCACAGUAUACCAAGCACAGCGCCAUACAUUUUAUAGUGGCUGUGCUUGGUAUUGCAGCCUAGGCCCAUUUACUUGAAGGGGUUAUCCAAGCUCUAUAAUGUCCCCCCUAAUGCCCGGGCCCCUCCUCGUACUGGUCAUACUUACCCCGCUCACUGGCACCCACGUUGCACUGCUGCCUCUGCAUCUCCCUGUGGCGUGGAUCAAAACAUCCGGCGACCCGGGGGCGAGGCAGCCAAUAGCAGGCCACGAAGGGAACGAGCCUUCCUAGCAAGGGAGGCUUAUUCUUGUUGCAGCCUGCUAUUGGUGCAAAAUUACCCCCCCCCCCCCCCCCCCCAUUGCCAGAAGUUUUGAUCGGCGUGAUGGGAAGAUGCAGCGGCGGACGGGCGACAUCAGAAGCGGCGUGGAGUAAGUAUGACCAGUAUGAGGGGCACAGGCAUCAGGGGGGACAUUAUGGAGGUUGGAUAACCCCUUUAACGGGACUGAGCUGUGCCUAGGCCGUGUGACCAAUAUUCCUGAUGUCACUGGGGUAGCGUUCACCGUGUAACUAUUUCUCAUUGAUGGUCAAAACCCAGAAAUCCAUCUUAAAGGGAUUGUCCACAACCACUGCCCUGUGAGCAGGUCUCCAGGCAAUUAGCAUAUGGAAAUGGAGAAACCCUUUAAACGAUGUAGAAGCCUACCCACCAUCUCAGAUUUUGACUAAUUCUACUAGAAUUUAUUCAGGGUUUUUUUGUUUUGUUUAUGUUAUCGGUAAUACUUUUUAAAAUAAUUUAUAUAUUUUUUUCAAUUAUUUGUUGAUCCCAAUAUAAAAUCUUGACAAAUCUCCACAGUUGUGUCUUGUACUCAUUCAUUUGCCUAAGUUUUUUUUUAACUUGGUGUAACUUGUACGUGGUGACCAAAUACAAUAAAAUACUUUUUACACUCCC